AGGUCAGGGUGACAAGUCGGCCACCAUGCUGUCGGACAGUGCGAUCUACAGCAGCAUUGACGUUACCACCAAGACCAGCUUCAACAGCCCUGGCCCCCUGAGCCAGGCCACCCCAUACGCUACCACACAGAUCCUCCACUCCAGCAGCAUCCAGGAGCUGGCCGUUGACCUGCCCGACCCCCAGUGGAAGGCCUCCAUCCAGCAGAAGUCCGACUCGCUGGGCUGUGGCUACUCGCAGCCCGACCCGGGCAAGUUCAACAACGCCCUGCUUGUCAUCCCUGACUAUCGAAUGGCUGAGGGACUGUCUAACAGAAUGCCGCACCAUCAUUCAGAGGACUUCAGCACCUCCAGCUCCCACAACAGUUCAGAACGAAGUCUCUCAGGUGGGAAAGGUGGAAAGAAAAAGAAGAAUAAGAACAGCAUGAAGCCGCACAAGAACACGGCGUCCAACUGGUCGAACGUCCCCCUGCCUCCUCCCCCCAUCCAGCCCCUCCCUGGGACCGAGCUGGAUCUCUACAUCACUGACCACCAGGAAAACGGCUACAACAGUGACGGAUGGUGUCCGGCCCCGCCGGUGAAGUCCUACCUACACCAGGGCAUGGAGGACGAGCUGGAGGAAGAUGACCGGGUCCCCACGCCCCCGGUCCGAGGGGUGGCCUCCUCACCCGCCAUCUCCUUCGGGCAGCAAUCUACCGCCACCCUCACACCCUCCCCCCGGGAGGAGCUGCAGCCCAUGCUCCAAGCCCACCUGGAUGAGAUAAGCCGGGCUUAUCACUUUGACAUCUCAAGGCAAGCGUGGCAGAUUCAGGGGAGCUCUCUUCCGCCCCAGGCGCCAGCUCUGCCUCUCGGCUACAUCUCGGGGACCCUCAUCUCAGACAUAGAGACAGACGUGCCGGAGGAGGACGAGGACGAGGAGGAGGAGGAGGAGGAGGAGGAGGAGGAGGACGAGGCGUUGGAGUUGUCGAGGCCGCUGCGGGGAAUGCUGCACACCCCUGGAUCCAGCAUUGACAACCUAGAGAGCUCGGUCACCGGUAAAGGCUAUUCUUCUUCCCAUCGGCUGAGGCCCAGCAGUCCCUUCUCUACGAACAGUAGCAUGAACGGGUCGCAGAGCCAGUGCGAGCGGACGAGGCCGUCCAUGAAACACAAGGCGGCCGUCGUCCGAGUGGAGCAGCCGGCCGUCCCACACCGGCGAGAGGCAGCGGCGGACGACCUGCCGCCACCGCCCGACCCCCCACCCUGCCAAGGUUCAAAGCUCUACUCAAGGUCAACGGGGGUGGGCGAUUCUCCGGAGAGCCUGCAGGUGCCCUGCCUGGAAGUGGACACAAGCGCAUUGGACCACCUGUUGAAGGCAUCUCUUGAAGGCCAAACCAACCAGGAGGACAUGUGGAGCAAACAGCAACACAAGCCAACGAUGGGAUCAGAAGAAGUUCUGAUCCCGUACAGCAAGCCCAGCUUCCCGUCUCCGGGCCACGUGAGUGGUCAAAGUUCGUCGGGAACGGCCUCGUCCAAGGGGUCAACUGGACCGAGGAAAGGCGUGGCGUCACGAGGCGGAACAGCGAUGGGUUCCCACCAGCGGAACGCCAGCGAGCUUGCAGACGUGGCGUAUCUCAGCUCAUGUGGGCAAGGCCACCAGCCCUUUGGGGAUGUAUAGUGAAGAAGUUACACGCCCCGGGGACUCAUCGUCGUGAAAAGCCUCGUCUGACGAGAAGGCCACGGCACUCACGUGGUGCAAAGAUCCUCUUAGAUAUUUAUUGUAUUAUGACAGGACCUGUAAAUGUGAUGUAAAGCCCACAGUCCCACAGACACACGUGUACGUAUCCUCGCCACUGCCGUCACUCUGUCCACCGCCUCCCCCGCCCCCCCCCCCCAAACCCACCCCCAACACACACACCAUGCCUGCUCUCAAUCCCUCCUCCCCCCUCCCCUCCCCCUCCGGACCCCCACCCUCUGCAACAUAGACAAAGGAAGAAUGAAGACAAAAUAGAAAUUUAAAGGGCCUGUCCCACUUUCCUGCGUUAUUCACGAGUUCUCCCGAGUUUUCAAACUCGCAGAAUGUCCGUAGCGAGUCCGUGGAUAUAUCGUAGCGGCUCGUUACACCAGCCGCGGGCACUCGGGGCAUCAGAUAAGUCGGGACGUUUUUUCCAGCCCGAUGAAAAAUGUCCACGAGUAAAAAAAUAUCCCCGCGUCCCUACGGCUGGAGUA